AUGGCACCUAAAUUGAAAAAAGCUAUUCCGAAAUCCCGUCGAGCUGGACUAACUUUUCCAAUGGGUCGUACCCUCACAAUACUUGAAAAGGGCAAGUACGCUGACCGCAUCGAUGUAGGGGCCGGUGUGUAUAUGGCUGCUACCUUGGAAUAUCUGGUAGCGGAAAUUUUGGAGCUAACAAGAAACGCGGCUAAAGACAACAGAAAAAUGCGUAUUAUUCCUCGACACAUUCAACUGGCGGUUCACAAUGACGAUGAAUUAGGCGAACUGUUGAAGAAAGUUUUUUUUUGCGAAGGCCAAGGACCCUAA